GCCUAACAGCGGCGGCGCGCGCGCCCGACAGAAGAACGUAGCUCCCCUUGCCCCGCCCUCACGGAGAAUAGCUCCGCCCAGCGCAGGAGCUGAGGGCCCGGCUGUGGAGUACAGGAGUCAACGGGAAAGCGAUCGGUGGUCACUAAAUCGACUGCCGAUACAUGGAUUGCUGCAGUGUCGAUCCUCCAGUAAAUCUAGACAAGCCUUUAGUCACCUGGAUUGGGUUGCCACCACGUGUGGGAAAGGGUGCGUUGAAAUCUGAGCAAACCACAGCACAGGAAGGGUGGCUCUGCCCCUGGUACCCAAAUGCCACCCGUGCACGGCAGCUACUGGGCCUGAAACUCCCAUGGAACGCUCCUCUGUGCUACAGCUUAGCCCUGCAGGAACCACCACACACAGAUAAUGCUGCCUUUGGCUUCCCCUGAGUCUGUCUAAGGGAGCCAAGUGUGGUACAAGUUACCAGGAGACUCAAGCCAUCCUAUAACAGGUGUUAACUAUGAUGGAUGACAUUCGUAAACUGAUUUCCACUAUCUUCUCCCCAUACCCCACAUUUUUUCCAUUUUCGAACUUCCCCACAAAUUCUGCCUUUAGGCUGAAAUUUGCAUUGCCUCGUCCCAGUCCAAUGGAGCUAUGAAGCUAUUUGGUCUGUAGAUGGCAGCAGUAAUAUCCUUUGAGGAAUUAAUUUACAGGUUCUUUCUUCCACAAGAAAGCCUUUGGUCUUCAUUUCCAGGACCUGACCACUAGGUGAUUUAAGUUUCAGUUUCCAUUAUGCCACAUAGCCUUUCACUUUUGCUGAUGGCAAACUUUCCAGACACAGUGAAAGUAUGGGAAAUGUUCAGACCUUCAAAGCUGCUUGAAGCAGACUAUGGAUUUGACAGUGAAAACUUUGACUUGUCUGUUGGCAGGUAUUAAGGAGCCAGCAACUAGAAAGAAUGACAUCUACCAGCGUAAUUAAAAAGAUGUUUACAUGUAUGCUUUCUGGAAUGGACAUGUAGCAAUGGAAUUAGUUUAGUAUUCCAGCAAAGAGCAUAAAACUUGAAGUCUCUUUAUUUUGAUUCAAUUUUCCAUACUGAAAAUAUACACUACAGCUUUCCUCCUUUAUAGAAAACAUUAUGAGAAGGUUGUAUCACUAGGUGUAAAAGUGUAUUUAGAUAUGCUCUGACUUCUUCUCCUUAUAUUAAGUGAUAACACAGUGACAAUAAUGAAAAACUAACUCAUAAUGACAUUUACUAAGUGGAAUUUUACUAUGUCAGUUCUUGGAAUUGUAAUUUAUGUAGCUGAUAUUGCAGCAGAUAUCUGGGUCACUAGUAACUAUUUCUGUGAGGGACAAUAUUCUUUGGGUAUCUUGACACUGGUUUUUAGGUUGCUAUCAUCAAUAAUAGUACAGAUAUUUAGUUAUGAAUGGUUUAAAGACGACUGUGGAAGCCCUGAUCCUGGGAAGCUGAAAUGGAUUUUUCUACUUCAUUUCUUGCAUGGUGGAAUUUUUACAAGGUAUUGGUUUGCAUUGAAAGAUGGCUACCAGGCUGCUUUUAAACAAAACAGCUCAGGAGAUGAACUUACUGGAGGCCCUGCCAAUAUCAUUCAUAAAUGUGCCAUUGAUGCAGGGACUGAUAUUAGUAUGCUCAGGGUAUUUAAGACUUUCCUGGAGACCACACCCCAGCUCAUUCUUCAGAUUUACAUCCUGAUGGAGCAUGACAAGGCUGCCUUCAGUCAGUAUGCUUCCAUCAUCACAUCUUUCAGCAGCAUUUCCUGGUCAACUCUUGACUAUCAGAUAUCAUUACGAAAAUCUGUGCCUGAUAAAAAUCAAUUUUCUGGGGUGCCUCCUAAGUUAAUCUACCUCUUGUAUAAAUUGUUCACACUGACUUCUUGGAUACUGAGUAUUGCACUGGUCACCCUAUUAAAUAUUAUAAGUAGUAUAUUUCUGCUAAUAUUUCUUUGGACCUUGGGCUUCAGCUGGACUUUGAAGCAACACACUACGUUUUGCAAAUCUAAGAGGAUGGAAUUUUUAUAUAGGACUGUUGUUGGGAUCAUUCUUAUUUUUACAUUUUUUAAUGUCAAGGGGGAAAAAACAAAAAUGUAUAUUUCUAGUUAUUAUGCCACUCAUGUGCUUGUAACUUUAGGCAUAAUGUGUGUGUGUUUGUUCUGGAAGACUUCGGUUACUGAGCAAUUAUAUUUUACAUUUGUGAGUAUCACAAUUGUUCUCACUCUGGGGUUAGGAAUUAUUUGUCUUAUUGUUUAUUAUAGGGUUUUCCACCCCACUAUUUAUUUCAGACAAGAGAGUGCUUCAGAUGAAGUUGAUGGACUAACAAGAGAAAGAAAAAAAGAAGAAAUCAGUAGAAUAAGAAAUUUCAUAAUGGAAUGAAUUAUGUGAAUUUUUAAAUAUGUGCAAAUCAAAGCAAAUACUACCUGGACUGUUAGUUACUCUGUCUUUACUUUUCAUACUUGCAAUGAGCAUUUCAAGUAAAAUAAUUGCUAAUGGGAAUGGUAGUAGUUAUUAGCUCUGAAUAAUUAUUGGUUCUGCUUUACUACAAAGCAAAGACUUUAUAAAAUGAACUAAGCACUUCUGCAUAUUGGUGUUUUUUCCAUCACUUGCAAAAUAAAUAAAAUACAAAAAUAGCUCCUGUAAAGGCAAAACAAACAACUGAUCCUACCCUCCCACCCAAACCCAGUUUUACUUUUUACACACAGAAUGUAGGAGAAAUAAAACCAAAUCAAGUUACUGUUGAUAUUGUCUUUGUUUCUGAAAUGUACUUCUCUUCAAAACAAGGCUCACAUCUCCUUAUUUGGCACUGGGAAAGGCCUGAACUUCAUC